AUGCGUUUUCAUCUUCUUAUUGCCGCUGCCACUGUCUUUCUCUCAGUAAAUGCUGUUGAUUUUAAGGGCAAUGAUUUUAAACAAAACGUAGUGACCUGUUUCGAAGACAUUUUGGCUACUUCCCAAGAGUUUAAAAAAUUCGAAGCUGCAAUCUACUCGUUCAAUGCCUCUGAUGGAUACGAGAAUCUUCAUCGUAUUGAACAAAGCGCAGAAAACCGACUGAAAGCUUCCAUUACAAGUUGCUGCGUUCCUGAAGAAAACCCUGUUACUGACCAAGAAGGUACUUCAGGUGUUGGUGUUGUAUCUGAUUAUACCUCAAAUUCGGUACUUGCUCUCUUGAUUGCUCAGUCCAAGAAAGACGAAAUUAAUAAAGAUCCAUCUGACGCUGCCCAUCUACAUACAGAUCUUGUGAACCUCAGUUCUCAAAACGAUGCUCUCUUUAGUUGCUUACAACGUUUAAGUCCCGCCAAAACGUUCGGCGAAGCUGCUACUUUAUAUGAUACGCUGGAUGAUGCCUACGUCAGCGCAUUAAAGACUUUCUCUCCCUUACAUCAGGCAUACAUCUAA